AUGGGCUGCUCAAUAUCAAAAAAACUGCGGACAAAGCAAACAGCAACGGCCACUCUCAAUGAUCAGCGCCGAAUCGGAGAUGAGUGCGAUAUAGUCGUGAACGCUGGCACAUUUGUCCAAGAAAAUAACCUUGACUUCCAAAGUGUCUACCGAAUGGGAAAUUACAUAGGCCAUGGAGCGUACGGUGAAGUCCGAAUUUGUUACCAUAAAGAAACCUCUCAAAAAAGAGCUGUAAAAAUAUUCAGAAAAGACGUAAUUGCUAAUGAAACUUCUCGUUCUCACAUAGAACAAGAAAUUAAUAUUUUAAAAUCACUAGACCACCCAAAUAUUGUAAAAGUACUCGAAUAUUUUGUAGAUCCAAAGAGGAUCUAUAUAGUGAUGGAAUAUUGCAGUGGCGGCGAAUUAUUUGCGGAAAUUAUUAAAAGAAGAUUUUUUUCCGAAGAUAAAGCUGCACAAAUAAUGGAGCAGCUGCUAUCAGCUGUAAGAUAUUUGCAUGGGCACAACAUAAUGCAUAGGGAUUUAAAGCCAGAGAAUAUUUUAUUAGAAGAUAAGCAUGAUAUUUUAAAUAUAAAACUUAUUGAUUUUGGGACUGCAACCGCGAAAGCUCCUUUGAAAUAUUCCCGGUAUUUAGAAGGGACUGCGUAUUAUAUGGCACCAGAAAUAGUCCUUGGAGAUUAUAAUGAAAAAUGUGAUUUAUGAAGCUGUGGGGUCAUUAUGUAUUUUAUUUUUUUAAUUUUAAGAGCUUUUCUUAUUAUAAUUAUUUUCUAUUUUUUUAUAUAAUAAAAUAUAGUUAGUGACACUGACUAUAUUAAAUUUAGUAAUAAAUUAUUUAAAAAAAGCAUAUAUUUUAUUAUCUGGAUGCCCUCCAUUUGAUGGAAAAGAUGACAAUGAAAUUUUACUAAAUGUUGCGAAAGGAUCAUAUGAUAUUUCAGAUGAUCCAUGGUUAAGGAUUUCUGCUGAGGCUAAAGAUCUAUUAUCAAAACUAUUAUGCUCCCCAGAAGAGCGGCUUUCAAGUGCCCAAGCCCUUGAGCACCCUUGAAUUACCACAAAAGGUGUCCAAGCUCCUCCUGACCCAGAAGCAAUCAACUUAGUAGUCAACAGACUAAAACAAUUCCACAGUGCUAACAAGCUAAAAGAUGCUGUCCACACCUUUAUAGUUUCUCAGUUUUUGUCAUUCAAAGAUGUCAGAUCUUUAAAACAAGUUUUCAAAAGACUCGAUAGGAAUAAUGAUGGAAGAUUAAGCUGGUAAGCAUGAAUUCACCUCUAUGAAGUAAAUUUACAGUAAUUUUUUUACUAUAAAAUGAAGGUAAAUUUUUAAAUCUCAUUAAAACAAAUUAUCUAAUAAUGGUAAAAUUAAUUUACCAGAUUAAGCAAGGAAGAGCUAUAUGACGAAUAUGUAUUAUCAAUGGGUCAUUCAGAAGCUGAAGCUUUAGUAGAAAAAAUAAUGAAAGAAGUAGACACAGAUAAUAAUGGUUAUAUUGAUUAUUCAGAAUUCCUUAAAGCGACGCUAGAUAUCAAGAAGGUUUUUUCUCUUGAUAAUUUGAAGUCAGCUUUUAAAAUGUUUGAUCAUGAUGGCAGUGGGUCAAUUUCAGCAGGAGAGCUAAAAAGAGUACUCGAAGGAGGAAAAUUAAGCAAUGAUGAAGUGUGGGACGCAAUCGUAAAAGAAGCGGAUUUAAAUGGGGAUGGAGAAAUUGACUUGGAAGAGUUUCAACAGUCUGUUUUGUCGAAAUUAUAA